AGAAACCGCAGCCGGAUCUGGAUCCACGUCAUGGGCUUUAUCCAGAAGGCGGGCCGCGAAGUGGUUGCUUUCUGUAAGAUAAGCAAUCGGAUUCGGAAACUUCAGAUACGAAAUAUCCCACCACACUUACAGUGGGAGGUGCUGGAUAGUUUACUAGUCCAGUAUGGAGUGGUGGAGACCUGUGAGCAAGUGAACACUGACUCGGAAACUGCAGUUGUAAAUGUCACCUACUCCAAUAAGGACCAAGCUAGACAAGCCUUAGACAAACUGAAUGGAUUCCAGUUGGAGAAUUUCACCUUGAAAGUUGCCUACAUCCCUGAUGAAGUGGCUGCCCAGCAGACCCCCUCGCAGCAGCCCCGCGGCCGCCGUGGUCUCGGGCAGAGAGGCUCAUCGAGGCAGGGCUCCCCAGGCUCUGUGUCCAGGCAGAAACCAUGUGACUUACCUCUGCGCCUGCUGGUUCCCACCCAGUUCGUUGGAGCCAUUAUAGGAAAAGAAGGUGCCACCAUUCGGAACAUCACCAAACAGACGCAGUCCAAAAUCGAUGUUCAUCGUAAAGAGAAUGCUGGGGCUGCUGAGAAGUCAAUUACUAUCCUCUCUACCCCUGAAGGCACCUCUGCAGCUUGUAAGUCUAUUCUGGAGAUUAUGCAUAAGGAAGCUCAAGAUAUAAAAUUCACAGAAGAAAUCCCAUUGAAGAUUUUAGCCCAUAAUAACUUUGUAGGCCGUCUUAUUGGUAAAGAAGGAAGAAACCUUAAAAAAAUUGAGCAGGACACAGACACUAAAAUCACAAUAUCUCCAUUGCAGGAGCUGACAUUGUAUAAUCCGGAACGCACCAUUACUGUUAAAGGCAGUGUUGAAACAUGUGCCAAAGCUGAGGAAGAGAUAAUGAAGAAAAUCAGGGAGUCUUAUGAAAAUGAUAUUGCUUCCAUGAAUCUUCAAGCACAUUUAAUUCCUGGCUUAAAUCUGAAUGCCUUGGGUCUGUUCCCACCCACUUCAGGGAUGCCGCCUCCCACCUCAGGGCCCCCUUCGGCAAUGACGCCUCCCUACCCACAGUUUGAGCAAUCAGAAACUGAGACUGUGCAUUUGUUCAUCCCAGCCCUAUCAGUCGGCGCAAUUAUCGGCAAGCAGGGCCAGCACAUCAAACAACUCUCUCGCUUUGCAGGAGCUUCAAUUAAGAUCGCACCAGCUGAAGCGCCAGAUGCUAAAGUGAGGAUGGUGAUUAUUACUGGACCACCAGAGGCUCAGUUCAAGGCUCAGGGAAGAAUUUAUGGAAAAAUUAAAGAAGAAAACUUUGUUAGUCCUAAAGAAGAAGUGAAACUUGAAGCUCAUAUCAGAGUGCCAUCCUUUGCUGCUGGCAGAGUUAUAGGAAAAGGAGGCAAAACGGUGAAUGAACUCCAGAAUCUGUCAAGUGCUGAAGUUGUUGUUCCUCGUGACCAGACACCUGAUGAGAAUGACCAAGUGGUUGUCAAAAUAACUGGUCACUUCUAUGCUUGCCAGGUUGCCCAGAGAAAAAUUCAGGAAAUUCUGACUCAGGUAAAGCAGCACCAACAGCAGAAGGCUCUGCAAAGUGGACCACCUCAAUCAAGGCGGAAGUAAAGGCUCAGGAAAAGCCCACCACAGAGGCAGAUGCCAAACCAAAGACAGAUUGCUUAACCAACAGACGGACUCUGACCCCAUCCAGAAUCACAUGCACAAGUUGUUACCUAGCCAGUUGUUUCUGAGGACCAGGCAACUUUUGAACUCCUGUCUCUGUGAGAAUGUAUACUUUAUGCUCUCUGAAAUGUGUGACACCCAGCUUUUAAAAAAUAAAAGAAAAAGAAAAGUAAGGGGGAGAGGGAGAGAAAGAGCUCUGCACUUCCCUUUCCAUAGUCUCACAGUAUAAUGAAUAUUCUAAUUUUUCUUAAUAUUUCCCCCAUACUGCCAGAAAUUGGCUUAAAUGGUGCAUUCAUAAAAUUCAUCGAAUAAAUUAAAAAGAUUGCUCUUAAAUCCAAUUGUUAAAAUUGGAUCAGAAAUCAGAAUAGAAUUAUCACAGGAACUUGAGAUGUUAAGCCAUUAGUGUAGAAAAACUUUUAUUUUUAAUCUAACACUAACACAACCUAAGGGAAGUGCUGAAUGGUGUUGGCAGGGGUAUUAAAUGUGCAUUUUUACUCAACUACCUCAGGUAUUCAGUAAUACAGUGAAAAGCAAAAUUGUUCCUUUUUUUGAAAAUUUUAUAUACUUUA